GCUUCAAGGAGACAACCUGGCAGAAAGGACAGAAGAGAUGUUACAAACACUUCACUCUCCAGACGAAAUAAUCCCAGAUUCUUUGGAUUCUUUACCUGGGACUGAGGAAGUACUGAUGGAAGAUGGUGAAGAAUUUGAGAAAGCAUCUAAAUUAACAGGACCUGGAGAAGCCUCCAGUGGAGGACACUCAUUGAAAACCUACACGGAAGAAGAUGAAUCCUUAAAGCAACUGCAGGUGGUUCAUCAGCCCUGGAUCCUGCCAAGUGACACAGAAAGUGAAGGAGUGGAGGCAGAGCAAGACAAACGUUCUGCGGAUCUUCUUCUUUGUGUCCCCUGCUCUUCUUGUCCUGCACUGGUCUACUCUGGUCUGUGAAACAGACAGAAGACAUUGCAAGUGGUCCUUAAAGAAACCGCAAUUAUUCAAAUCCUUAUGUAGAGUUCUAAUUUUAUUUACUGUGUGUAAUCAUUUAGAGAAUAGUUAUUUUUGUAAUAUAAAUAAUAAACAAACAUUAUUGUAACCAGGGGGUGCCUAAGUGUGUAAUCAGAGAAUAUUAAUCCUAACAAAGGAUUCUGGUGGUCAGGAUAACUGCUGCCUUUUGACAUGGUUAGUGUCUUGGGUUUAGAUUACUUUAUACAUAGUUAUUAAGAUUAAUAUUUGAUAUAUUAAAUAUUGCCUGAUUCAAAUAACUUUGCUUAAAAUUUUUCUGUAUUUUAACUUGUCCAGGGUUUUCUACUUCUAUUUUUAUAGUAUUUUCUCAUUUUUUAGAUUAAUAAACAUUAUACUUACCCAUAUGUGCCAAGAUGUGCCAUUUAGGUCUCUGUGGGAGUUAGCUUCUUGGUUUCAUCACCUGCUGUCCAUGUUUCAUACAGUGGAAGUGUAUUCUCUACCACAGCUCUUUUCCAUGAUUUUAUCCCUGUUCCUAUAAAAAUUAAUUGAUAUGAUAAUUCAAUAAAGCAAAUCAAUAAGGAAUGAAAUGCAUGCUUCCAACACAUAUGCAAUGAGAAUUGUUUGAUCAUUUACCCAACUAUUAAACCCAAUUAAGAUUAUCCAUUUUAAAUUUGAUGUAUGCUUGCUUUUGGAAUGUGUUAUGCAUUGAUGCUAAGUGAGUGGAACUAAGUACAUCUAUUGAGCAUAUCUGCUGUCUAUUUUAUCUUAAUCUAAGUUUGCUGUCUGGACCCUUAAGGAAUAAGGUAAAAUUAUAAAACCGCCUGUAUAACUGUCAAAGAAACAAAUGAUAAAGGCCAGAACAUAGCUAAAGAAUAAACAAAGAAGUUCUUAUUGUAUGAAUUAAGUCAACUUCCUAAAUCAAAUGAUAUAAUAAAUUUUCUUAUAUUAACAUUUUCUUGUGUAUGGAAA